AUGGCUGAAGUCCCAACGUUUAAACUCGUCUUAGUCGGCGACGGCGGCACAGGUAAAACGACAUUCGUGAAACGCCACUUAACCGGCGAGUUCGAGAAAAAAUACCUCCCCACGGUAGGGGUCGCGGUGCACCCGCUCGAUUUCAACACCAAUUGCGGCCCGAUUCGGUUCGAUUGUUGGGAUACCGCCGGGCAGGAGAAAUUCGGCGGCUUGCGAGACGGGUAUUACAUCCACGGGCAGUGCGCGAUUAUCAUGUUCGACGUGACGUCGAGGACGACGUAUAAGAACGUACCGACGUGGCACCGAGAUAUUACGCGCGUGUGCGAAGAUAUUCCGAUUGUUUUGUGCGGGAAUAAAGUAGACGUGAGAAACCGUCAAGUGAGAGCGAAAACGAUCACGUUUCAUCGCAAGAAGAAUUUGCAGUAUUACGAGUUGUCCGCGAAGUCGAAUUAUAACUUUGAGAAGCCGUUUUUGUACUUGGCGAGAAAGUUGGCGGGGAACCCGCAGUUGGUGUUUACGGAGAGUCCGGCGCUCGCGCCGCCGGAGGUGAAGGUGGACAUGGCGGAAGUUGCGCAGUACGAGAAGGAGUUGGCGGAUGCGGCGGCGCAGCCGCUGCCGGACGAGGACGACGAGUUGUUGGACGCGUAA